AUGUCAAGGUGGGGGUGGUGGAGGGGGGCUCGCCGCUGUCCAAGGCAAAUCGCUGCGGCUCUCCAACUAAACGCCAAGCCGCAUUUGCGGAGGCUCGGUCUCCACCACCACCACCCCUUUUGCGGUCUUUUGAAAUGCGCCGGGGAUAAUUUGAGGGUGAAGAAGGCGAUAGAGCUUGUCCGAACUCGAUAUCUCCAUGCGGCGUGGUGUUGUGGGCUGGCGAGGGUAGAAUCUCAAUCUCAUUGCGCACCGCACGGGCCUCAACACCAAAGGCGCCCCCGCCACAGCAUCGUGAUAUCACCCAGCCUACACCCAUCUCCCGCAACCACGUCGCCUUUAUCCAGCAAUUCUAUUGACAGGAUGAGGAUGAUGAAGCCUUCCUCAUCUCCAGCAUUGCUUUUGCGAUGUCGUCCGAGGUUUGUGGCGGUGGUGAUAGACGCCCGAGCAUCGGCGAGUCUCCCCACCUCCAUCUUUCCCUACUCCCCACACCAGACUCCACCGACACUACAGACACCUGAGGGGCUUCUUUCACCUCUCCACACUCUCCGCAUCGAGUAG